UACAGAACUCCGACGCGACGGCGAUGGAUUUCCAAGUGGUGGUCCUAGCCGGCGGAACAUCCAAGAAACUGGUCCCUCUCGUCUCCAAGGAUGUUCCCAAAGCUCUCCUUCCUGUGGCGAACAGGCCGGUCAUCUCCUACGUUCUGGAGCUCCUAGAGCUCAGUAACCUCAAGGAUAUCAUCGUUGCGGUUGAAGGCAAAGAUGCCUAUGAUUGCGUUGAGCACUGGAUUAUGGAAGCUUAUAUGGAUCGAUUACGUAUCAAGGUUGAAAGAGUCCCUGAUGAUGUGGGAACCGCUGGUGCACUUCGCGCCGUCUCACACCUUCUGGCUGCAAAGGACAUUUUGGUUGUUAGCGGUGAUCUUGUCUCUGAUGUCUCUCCUGGUGCAGUUGCUGCUGCUCAUAGACGUCAUGAUGCAGUAGUAACAACGAUGCUUUGCUCUGCUCCUGUAAGUGGACCUUCAGAUUCUGGGUCCUCUGCUGCAAAAGACAAAGCCAAGAAACCCGGAUAUUACAAUAGAAUUGGGCUGGAUCCCACAAAACAGUUUUUGCUGUAUAUUUCAACUGGAGCGGAACUUGAGAAAGAUAUGCGAAUUCAGAAGAGUAUACUCUGUGCGGUUGGUCGGAUGGAAAUUCGAUCGGAUCUCAUGGAUGCUCAUUUAUAUGCAUUCAAAAGGUCAGUUCUGAUGGAAGUUCUAAGCCAAAAGGAGAAAUUCCAAAGUUUAAAGCAGGAUGUAUUACCUUAUCUUGUUCGUACACAGCUGAGUUCAGAGGUGGUGCUAAAUGGCGUACAACAACCAGAAGAAAAUGUAAAUGAAAAGGCUGGUUACCAAAACAACCAAGAAAUUCUUUCCCAAAUCCUGGCUAAUUCAUCGACUGCUAGUUUCCAUGAGCUCUAUGAAUUAGGUCCCAAAUGCUCACCUCCUGUUCGAAGAACCCAUAAAUGCUGUGUUUAUAUUGCCAGCAACAAGUAUUGUAUGCGGUUGAAUUCCAUUCAAGCAUUUAAUGACAUUAAUCGAGAUGUUAUAGGUGAUGCUAGUCAUCUGUCUGGGUAUUCUUUCUCUGCCCACAAUAACAUCAUUCAUCCGUCAGCAGAAUUUGGAUCAAAAACGACUGUUGGACCACAUUGUAUGCUGGGGGAAGCUUCAAUAAUGGGUGACAAGUGUAGUGUUAAACGGUCUGUUAUUGGCCGUCACUGCCGGAUAGGUUCUAAUGUGAAGGUCGUGAAUUCAGUUGUUAUGAAUCAUGUUACUAUUGCCGAUGGCUGUACAAUCCAAAAUUCAGUAGUCUGCAGCAAUGUGCAGCUCCAAGAGCGUGUUGUACUGAAAGAUUGUCAAGUUGGUGCAAAUUUUGUUGUUACUACUGGAAGUGAGUGCAAAGGGGAGGCAUUGGCCAAGAAAGAGAAAUGAGUACAAGGACUUCUUAAUCGAUUGGAAUACAUUUUGUUUCGAUUGAUGAAAUGAAAGGCAUACACCAUGGCAAGAACUAAGAACUGAGGAGGAUGACCUUUAGGAAUAGCUUUUAGUCGGUGAUCUGUCUAUUGAUUUUUUUUGCCUUCCCUGUCAGCUUAUCAAUGUUAUCCCUUUACUGUCAAUUGAGAGAGAACCAUGUAGACGGGUUAAACAGUUCACAAUGACCACUUCAAUGAGAUUGUGAAGGAACCCUUUUCAUGUUAAAAACAAAUGUUGAAGCCUCAAUGUGCUAUAAACUUCAGUGCUUUCAUGUAGAGGUUGACAGUUUAUCAAUCAAAUUUUGUUUAAUUCGCAAACUGCUCCAGAGACACAAGGAUUACAGAUAUGCUGUGAAAUCCUGAAACACUAGAACCAAACUAAGCAACACUAGAACUUCAGCAGCAGCAAACGGGAACUGGACUGCUGGAAUCAGAGUCGGACACUAGUGA